GCGGGGACGUGGUUGCAUUCACUCGUCUCGAGCUUUAAUUUAUUGUAGGCCCUAGAAGCUCCCGUCCAGCAUUGUAGGUCUAGCUAGAUAAGUUAUUUUCUCAUGGUUAGGACACAAGUGAUAAUAAUACGGCCUCAAAAUUAAUGACCAUGUCAUAAUAAUUAUGCCCGCUCGUUUUAGGAACUGCAGUCGCAGAGCUUUGCGUUGUGUCUUCUCGAUCUUGAUCUCAUGUUGAAAUAAAAAUUCCGUGCACAAAUACAACAACACCCAAGAGCCAAUCUUCACGGUACCCAAUCUUCACGCGAGCUCGCUAGCUUCACGUAACGUAGUAAACAAGUUGUGCAGUGAAUCGAGACCCUGCAUGUCGAGCAGCACGGUGGUAUAGGCCUACGUAUUAGCACUCGUCCAGCUCGAGUUCCGCCCAACAGCCAGGCCCAGGGGUGGCCCGUCGAUCGUAUGUAGCUGCUGUCCGUUCCGUACGUUCUCGAUGCAUAGCCGAUGCGAUGUCAGACGAGUUUUGUUGUUUGUUAUGGACUCAUUUUGCCUCUAACUAACUUAGAAGUCGAAAAUUAAGAGCUUCACAGGCAAGGACAAAGGUAAGACUUCCUGGUGUACCUGGUUAUUUCGAGAACUCAUCUUUGACAAUCUACAUAUUGGAACUGGUUAUAGGUAGCAUGACUUAGACAUGGAGGACACCGCCAUUUCUAAUUGCAACUUUGAUAAUGACAGCCCACUCUAUGUGGGUCAAGGUCCAAUGACAGCUGAACUAGAUGAUGAGGAUGUCGGGUCUUCUACGGCCGUAGACGCUCAAGUUCUAAGUGAAGACGAUGAUGGAUGUAAUAUGCAAGAACACAGUGAAUUUGGACAAGAUGGGGAGCCAGAAGCAUCAUGUCCCAACACAAAUUUAGUUAGCAGUGAGAACCAGUCGGGUGACCAUCCGUCUGUAGAUCCUCAUCAGAAUAUGGAAAGCUGCCAGGCUUUUAAAGAUGAUUUUCCUGACACUGGGAACGCUGAUUCAUUAGAUUGGACCAGAGAUUCUGGUUGUACCAAGGUGGAUGAGUAUUCUGAUGAUGAUGAUGAUGAAAUUCGGGUUGGACAUGAAGGGGAAAAUACUGAAUCGUCUCUGAGAAAUAAAGCCUUAAAAUGUCAGUCAACUGGAGACUGUGAACUCAGUUCGUUAGUAGACAGUAGCAAAGUAGAAUGCAGUUCACCAGGGACAGCAGAAGCAAGAAAUGUGGACAACAGAUCUUCAACAGCAAAAGUAACGCAGUCUAAACAUUUGUCAAGGUGUGAAACAUUGUCUGGUGAUGAUUUGUGCAGAACAUGUGACGAGGAUGCAAUUAAACACAAUAAAUUGGAAGAUUUAUCAUUCUUAGAUAUUAGAAACUGUGAGACUCCGAACGGCCAAGAACACCAGAGACCAUCUGAAUCAGAGCUCCCAACAACUAGUAAUUUUUCUAAAGAUGAAACAGGAGAGAGCCAAACAAAUGAUACAGUAAAACUAUGUCCUGCUAUUGAAUCAUACUCACUUAGAACCAGAAAAAGAAGGUCCAGCUUCCAGGAAGCCAGUCCUAAAUCUAAGCCUAAAACACCUUCAAAGAAGUCAGCGAUUGCAUGUUCCAAAGAUCCAAAGAUAACAUGUAAGGAAGGACGAAAGGGCAAAGAAGAAAUAACUCCGGCUGUUCCAAGGCGAACUUCACCAAGAAAAAGGAACAGAAUCGAUCAUGAUCUAGGUGAGGACCAACCGAAGAGCAACACUAUUUUCUCAGUUUGUGAUGAGAAUCUUAACAGCAAGAUGGUAGAUGAAAAAGUAAGGAAAGAUUCCCUACAGGGAAAGGAAAGGAGGUCAGUGUUAAAGAUUGAAAGUUGCUGCAUUAAGAGCUUGGAUAAGAAUUCUGUUUUAGACGUGGAUGAUGAUGAUGAUGAUUGUGAAACUGUUAGUAGUCAGAUAUUUACCGGUGCUCCUAUGUUUUCUGGGUCCAAGACUGGGUCUAAGACCAGGAAACAAAGCCUCAGAGGCAAGGGAUCUGCUUCUUGUCAGACUUUGGAGGAUGCCUCAGGAGCAGGAGAAGGAAUGCAGCUGAAUGUUAAGGACGCUCUGAAGGAGAGAGUUGAGUCAACAAUCCCAGAACCAGACCUAGAUCACGAGGGAGAGAAGCGGAUUAGUAAUGAAGAUCAAACCAGCAAUUCUAAUCUGAAACAAGCGUGUGUUGAAGAAACCUCUCCUUGUCAUGAUGUUCUUAAAAUAUCUAACAGACAGAGAAGAAGCCAGGAACAAAGUGAAAUAACUGUAAUAAGCAAUGAGCAUAUGGAUACUGAUCAUCAAAAAGAAGAGAAGACAUUGAAAAGAACACAGAAGGGAAGUAAGAUAUGUGAACAAUCAAAAAAGCUGAAGUGUUUAGGGAAUAAGAUUGAUGUGAUGGAUGAUCAGAACAACCCGUCUUCCAAUGCCCCGGUAGAAAUUCCUCUGCAAACAGUACAUGAAGUGAGGAAUGGUGGUUCUUGCACGGCAAACAAAGAAGCACCUGAAAACAUUGAAAAUAUUGAUGGACCAACACCCCCGGAGAAGAGAACCAUUCGCAAAGCUAGGAGGGGUAGACCCAGAGCGAGAAAAUCUGCAAGUGCCCUUAUUGAUAUCCUGACUGCAGCAUCUGCAUCGGCUUUGAAGAGAGUCUCUGAUUCUGCUGCUUCACAACCAUCCUCCAAGGAGAAUCAAGAGUCCAUUCAGACGGAUCAGACGGUGGCUUCUAAGAAGAAGCGAGCAUCCUCCAGGAAGGGCAGGGUGCCCAAGGCUCGACAGUCAAGGAAAAGGAAGAUCCCAGGUGGUUCUCCGGGAGGUGAUAAGUCUUUGAAGUCUGGAAAAUCGUCAUCAUGCGGCAGGCAAGCAGAUGAACCAAGCAAUCUGACUGCAGACUCAAGCCCAGGACAGAAUGCAGCCAUGUUAAGACUUGAAUGUGUAUCUCAUGAUGAGGGUAGUGGAGAUGAUGAUGACGAGUUGAUGAAUCCUGUUCUUACACCAGACUCUAAAACUAAAGAUCUUCCACCUGCCUUCAAUGUUGGUGAAGUAGUAUGGGCACAAGAUUCCAAAGACAAAUCAAGAUGGCCUGCCGUUGUGAUUGAAGUGGCUGGAGAGAACGUGUCCAGGCGGGUUUACAACGUCUUCAAAACGAAUCAAACGAAAGAACAGUACUUUCAAGUAAAAUCUUCCAGAUAUCUGAAGCAAUAUAACUGCAGAGAGAAGGAAACUUAUCUGGAGAAGGGGAAACAUGUGACUGAAUUCAACACGGCUGUCGAGAGAGCAAAUGACUUCAUCAUGAAAAACGGUCUUGGUAAAGUGAACUCUUAUGAAGACUUCUUCAAACCAAAUGAUGCCUACUUUGACUCUCCGCCUCCGUCCCCUCACUCUACAUCCCCUCCGUCUCCACCCCUCGUCGUAGGUUAUAGUAGCCCAGAAUACCCCUCUCAUGGUCCAAAGAUCAACCAGCCUGUUAUCGAUGACGACGACGACGAGGAUGAGGAUGAGGAGGAGGAUGAAAGCCUGAAUGAUAGUCGGAGUAGUGUCAAGAACAGCUGCAAUGGAAACUCCAAAGAAAUCACAAGACUGAAAAGAAAAUGGCAACGCAAAGAGAAACGUCUCCUUGAGCAUAUGAGAAGUGAACAGACGAAGGAAUACCUGUUUGGGAUCCAACAUGGCACGGUGGCUAGCGUCAGACACCAGUGGUUUCUCUCCAGCAAUGCAAACGACAAAGGAAGACUCAAAUGGGGAUCCUGUGGCGCCCUCAUCAGUGAAAACAAGCGAAUGGCUAUCAUGGACUAUUUGAAGAAUCUUUUGACCAGUGACGAAUCUCCCUUGUCUAGUACACGGUACAUGAUGGAUGUCGCUCUACCUGAGGCUCUCAACUUUGCCUACCAGAAGGUCUGCAGGGUUAGUAAAGAUGAAGCAGAGAGGGUCAUUCCCAUGGAUGGUCAGCAGGUCAUCAGAGAUCUAGACAUAGGAUGACUCCUACACAGCAGUGACCAGUCAAUAGGUCGUCAAAGAUUCAGACAUAGGAUGACCCCUACACAGCAGUGACCAGUCAACAGGUCAUCAGAGAUCUAGACAUAGGAUGACCCCUAUACAGCAGUGACCAGUCAAUAGGUCAUCAGAGAUUUAGACAUGAAUAAUACUCUACUGCACUUAAUACCCAGACUGUAGAUGGGCUGCCAUUAUAAGGCACUAAAGCAUUCAAGGAAUGUCUUCCUACUGGGUACCCAUUUACUUCACCUGGAUGGAGAGCGGCAAAUGUAGAUUAAUGUCUUGCCAAGGGACAUUGGUGCGACGGGGGGACUCUGGGAACCAUGUGAUCCACAGUCCGGUGAUGUAUCCACUAUACUGCGGCACCUCUACAUGAGAACAUUUGGGCGAUGGUUUAUGAAUGGAGCUAUUGCUCAUCCUCCUUGCUCAAAGUUAUGAAUCAUAAGAAGUCACAGAAGAUGAUAAUACGUACAAUGGCUCAAUCGAUAGAGACAUAGUCUUGAAACCUGGGACCGGUAUUCAAGUCGAUACCGGCAGAAAUGUAAGUAUUGUACUUGAUGUGUAAUAUAGACAACAACUUAUCUAUUAACAUCAGUGUACAGUUGAAGUUUUUGCUGAUAUUCUACCCUAAAAUUAUGAAAGCCAGCGGAAAAACUUAAGCUAAUUAUUUAGAAGCCAUAAACUUCAGGUAAUUAUUUAGAAGCCAUGAUUGGCUAACAGAGGUCUUCCAGCUGCACCUAAGCACACCAUGUAAGUGCGUAUUUACCAUCACACGUUUUAAUGACCGUAGUUUUGGAAGAUUUCUUAAUGUUAGAACGGUCUCAUUAAAUAUUGUAGCUCUAAGUCGGUGUACACAUGUAUAAUUCUUGUAUGGGAUCUAAAUAAGACUUGAGCCAUGUACGUAUCCAGGCUGAAUGCUGGGUAAAAUGUUUAACUAAUCCAAAUACUUGGCAGCCAAAGAGAUUUCAGCCAUGAAACAAAGCCAUUUUACUUGUGUCCUGUGGUGAUAAAUCAAUUACCACUCACUCAGUCCCACAUCAAUUAUUAUAUGUAUUGCUGUAUGUUUGCUGCUUAUGUUCAGGUGAUAUCAGUGAUAAGUUAAAUGGUUGACACUACAUGUUGGAUUGAAGACUUGAUGCACUCGUAUAGGGAAAAUAAGAAAGUGAUGAAAUGAUAUUUGAUAUCGAAGCAAAGAGCAUUGCUGGUACACAUUUAAGUAGUUAUCAUGAACUUACAUGUAUGUGAUUAUGGGAUUAGAUACAAACAUCAUGUUAUUUAUUUUCUUGUUAUUUUGUUUUUCCAAUUCUUCUUUGAUUUUAUCACAUGCAAUUUAUCCAUUUUACUUUAUAUGUACAUGUAUAUAUUGCAUUCAAAUCAGAUGAUUUCCAGUAUUUUCUAAUAUAGUUGGUGUAGAUUUCUUUUAAAUAUCAAAAAGUCGAAAGAAUAAAAUGUAAUUGCCUUUUUCUACUUAUUUACACCAGUGCAAGCCUUGCCUUAUCAUGUUUUCUGUUCUAUUGUUCAAUGUUUAUUUCAGAUAAUAUAUAUAUUUUCCAAAGAGGGUGAAAACAGGUGUAUAUGUUUACUCAAUGAUCUUAAUCAAUUCUGUAAAUCAACUUUUAUUGUACGUUUUACCAUUUAUGAAACGAUGAUGCAAAUUCAUUAGAGGCAAUAUAGAACAAGAGAAAACAGAAAACAGACGUCAACUGAAAUCAAUGUCCACAAAUAUUAAUAAUGAUAAUAAUAAAAACAGUGCUUAUAAAGCGCUUACCACCGAAGUCUCUAAGUGCUAUAACAAACAGAAUACAAUGAUUAACAAUUACUUAUUAAACAAAACAACAGUUACAUAUUUCCUUAUGUGUGAAAUCACAGACAUUCAUGGAAAAAUAAGGCACUACAAAUAUCUUGGAAGUUAAUACUUAAUAGUGUCAAUAGUAUAGAGGGAAUUUCAAGAGACUCUUUAAAUUUUGGUGUCUUGUCAAUCUUCUCAGGUCAAAAAGUACCUGAGCAAGAUAUCUUUUAUUUGAUUUUGAAUGAAUUUAGGUUUAAACGUGAUAAAUAAUUGAGGGAUAUUAGGUACUGAGGCAGUGCCAUUGUGAAUUGACCUAUCUGAUGGCUAACUGCUCGGCCAUGUAUUUGGUCAAAUUUGGAGAAAAAAUAACUGUUGAAUGAUGAUCAUACAUGCACCUCACAAAGUAGAUUAACUGUAGUCAUUAAUCAGUUAGAUAUAUGAUACAAGCAGGCACCUUAGAAAUUUGAAAACAUCGAGAGAAUUUGUUGUUGUUGAAUAUUUGCAACUUGAACAAUUCUUGUGUAAUUGAAGCAUAGUAAUUUGUGUAUUAUGGGACUGUUGGUGUUUAUCUGACACGUAAAAUGUACAUUCCAAAUAAGAGAAUGAUUUACUUAUUCUCUGCAAGUGUAAGAAUUGUAUCACAGUGUUUUGAUCAUAUAUACAAACAUAGUUAUUUUCUUUUGAUAGCAUUUUUUUUCCUUUGAUCUGCAAUACCUGAAAAGUUUAAGGUUUCAGAGCAUACUUUGGAAGCUAUUAGCAUGAAGUAUGUUCCAUCGGUAUCUACUGCUGCAAUAAAUAAAAAGUUAUUGAUAUUAGUUAUUGUGUUCUCUGACAGCAUUGUAAUGUUCAGAAGUACAGAGCGUUCCUUUACUGUUUAAGGAUAAAUUGUUGUAAGGUGUUUUCUUCUUCAUAUAAACUGUAUGGUGAAAUUGAGAUGACAUUAAUUCAAUCCUUCUGGCAACAAAUUUAAUUUAAAAAUGUAUAAUUUGUAUGCAUUGUGCUACCAAAUCUUUCGGUUUAGAGCCUGUAGUUAACAGUAAAAUUACUAAUUUGAUAAUGAAUUUAAUUAUAAGGGCUGCACUAGGAAUAUUAGAAGUUUCUACAACACUAUAUAUAUUCAUGAAUUUGUAAACCCUGAUGGUUUUUUGAAAGAUUUCUAUGAAUAAAUAAUUCACACUUUUGUAAAAUUCAAA